CAAAAGACGAACGCUGAAAAGACCCCAACGGGAACGGAACAAAUUGAAGCUAUUGCCAGGUGUAAGAGACGCCCUUGUGCGGAUUAGAGUAAUCGGGUGCCACAUCAAUGGCCGCCGCGCUGUUCGGAAGCUAUUCCGUACCACCGCUGCUUUCUUCCAAUGGAAGCAGUUAUACCCAACCACCACUCCGAAAACCAGGACGCGUAUUACCUCUGCGCGGAAACAAUGGCAGCUCGGGAAGCUUACGGCCCGUGGUCGUCCAUGGCGAUCCACCUACUUUCGUCUCCGCUCCCGGCCGCAGAAUUAUCGCCGUUGGGGAUUUGCACGGAGACAUUGAUAAGGCGAGGCGGGCGUUUGAGAUUGCCGGCGUCCUGAGUUGUGAUGGUCAGGACUUAUGGAUUGGUGGAGAAACAGUGUUGGUUCAGCUUGGGGAUAUACUUGAUCGUGGAGAAGAUGAACUGGCAAUCUUAUCCUUGUUGAGGUCAUUGGAUAUUCAGGCAAAAGCUCGCGGUGGAGCAGUUUUCCAGGUAAUUGGAAAUCAUGAAACCAUGAAUGUAGAAGGGGAUUUCAGAUAUGUUACUUCUGGGGCAUUCAAUGAGUGUAUGGUUUUCCUCGAGUACUUAGAAGAGCAUGGAGGUGACUGGGAAAAAGCCUUUCCGAAUUGGUUUUCCGAGCGUGAUAGGUGGAAGCAGGAAAGGAAUAUGUCUCAAAGUUGUGGGGAUAGCUUGCAAUUGUUUAAGAGGCAAAAAGGUGUUAGAGCAAGAUCAAUCCUCCUCAGGCACGGUGGUCCAUUAGCCUCUGAGUUGUCGCGUCAUGGUGUGAUUCUCAAAGUUAAUGACUGGCUUUUUUGCCAUGGUGGCACUCUUCCUCAUCAUGUUUCAUAUGGAAUAGAGAGAAUUAACCGAGAAGUGUGUCAUUGGAUGAGAGGUCUUGUUGAUGGAGAAGAACAUCCACAGAUCCCUUUCGUAGCUACCAGAGGCUAUGAUAGUGUUGUAUGGAGUCGGUUAUACUCCAAGGACUACUCGGAUAUAGAAAACUACCAAAUGAAUCAGAUCCAAUCUAUUGUUGAAGAGACACUCAAGGUCUUAGGUGCUAAAGCAAUGGUUGUGGGACAUACACCGCAACCCUUGGGAGUGAAUUGGUAUUUGCAUCUUAGCUUUACCAAAAAACUAUUUUAUUUGAAUUUAAGAUCCUAGCUUUCCAUAUUUCAUUUUAAUAACCUGCAAUUUACUAAGGGGCUGUUCAGCCUCUUAAUGGUUCAGAUGUCUGAAUGGUUCAACACUUAAUGGUUCAGACUGUUUGUUUCAGCCUCUUAAUGGUUCAGAUGUCUGAAUGGUUAAGAGAUUUGCCUCUGAAUGGUUAAGUAUUAUACAGAGUCUGAAUGGUUAAGACCUCUUAUCUGAAUUGAUCAGACAUUUGCCUCUGAAUAGUUAAGCAAUAUACUAGCUCUUAAUGGUUCAGACCUCUUACUGGUUCAGCCUUACCUAUUCAGAAGUUGUCAAACAGCCCCUAAUUUGGUUGCCCUGCUACAAAUGUAAUUGUAGCAUAUGACACUAGACUAAACGCCCUAGAUGAUCUACAGUACAGUAAAAAUGAAAAGAAGUCGAUUAGCGUACAUGUUUUAUGCAUGUUUUGAGACUUACAGGCAUUUGCAUUCUACUGCAACUUGCCCACUUCAUUUUCUCUUUAGGGUGCUCGAUGAAGAGUGGCCUAAGGGGAAGGCAAAAUGCUGAGGAUUUGUUUCAUAUAUUUGGUUUAAAUUUGGACAAACUCAAACCUUAAUAUAACACAACAAGAGAAACUUUCUUAACACAAUUAAACAAACACCUUAGAUGUUCAUAACACACUUUUAUAGAAACUUUCUUUUGUAACUUGUCUCAGAAUUCUUUCCUAAAUACGAGGUAGUCAAUACUAAUAUGGGUGCAUUUUACUUUCUGCCAUAUAUUUGGAAUUGGAAAAGGGGAUUAGAAGAUAUGAGGUUAGGUAUGAUAGAUGAUAUCUGGUAUUUGGUUUGUAUUCGGCAACCAAAAUAGGGUUUUAGUUUCACCCCUACCCACCAACUCUUCGCUUUCUUCUAUUAUUUUCUCCAAGCUGCUGUGGUGCGUUCUACCAGAGUCACUGUGAUGACGCCCUCGACCAUUGGCAAAAGGAUGACUCUAGCAAGAGGCUUGAUGCUGCCACCACCUCCGGCCAAUGACAUUGUCUUUGACCAGCAAGGCAUUAGAGAUUGCAUUCCAUUGAUAUUUUUGGAGUCAUGAUGACAUCAGAGAUCUGCUGCUACUGUUGGUGGCUGGCAGAUUGGAGAUCAAAUGAAGUGGGUUGAUGAAUAUAAAAUAUGAGGGAAUGAGUUUGAUAGGGUUUAUGUAAUGGGUUUUGAGAAUCAAUAUCCGUUAACAAACAAGAAGUACUAUGUGUCAGGGAAUCUCAUACUCAUUUCUGAUAGUGAUACCCGAGUGAACCGAAGAUGCCUUAAUUAGAUGCAAUUGAUGUUGCUCCCUUUGAAUACAUGAACAACAAAAGUUACCUUAGGUAAUUGUAAUUUUCAUAGAGACAGUAGGACACAUAACAAUACACCCUAUUUAAUGAACCAUCGUUAAUAAAGGUGUAGAAAAAUAUACCAAAAAAAAGAGAUUGUUUUUUGGGUUCAAACAAACCAAGCCCAAUUUGAACGUAUGCAUGCUCGGUAAUAUAUACAGUACAACCGA